AUGAUUAUUAGGAAAGAUGUUAUCAUUGCCAUGCUAAUUCUGGUGCUUCUCGUCCUUGGCUGUCAUGGGAAUGUCAUCUGGAUAUUCCCCUUCCCGAGAUCGCCGCCACUGGACGGAAUUAAUUCGAGGGAUUAUAACAUGCCCUGCGGCGUUAACCACAACAAAAACAGUAGGAUAGUAAGCGGAAAACAAUAUUUAUAGGCCCGUCGUACUCGUUUGCACUGCACCGGUCAUAUGUUCUCCAUUGGGCUUCUGACCAACGGAAUGAUGUAAGGGUUACUGUAGUGUCAAGUUUGUUACAGUACUACUUUAUAUUAAUUUUUUAACUAUUUCACUAAAUCUACUAUUUCCAGACUUUUAAAAUUACUCUGUACAACUCAUCGCACCAUCACAUCCAACACUUUGUCAAACGUUACAGUAACUCUCUGAACAUUACCUUCAGACGACCUUGCUACGAUUGUUUUCUCCAAAUAAGACACAAACUUGAUGGCUUGACAUACGUAAGUUGUGCUGAUGUCACUAUUCAGGAUCAUAACAUUACCUCGAGCGGCGAUAACAAGUUAUGCAAAUGUGACAACCAACACGAUGGUCAUGAUUGCCAACUUCGAGGUAAUGUAAAGUUGAUAACGAGGUUGGGUAAGGCUUACCAACUACCGGUUGAUCUUAGGAGUGGGUCCAACUAAUUGGGUAACUAUUAUGGUAAUACAAGGGAGUCUAUUUAAUUGGAUGUUUAAUGACAUAGUUUUUGAUAAGUUACAGUAUUAGAGUAAGCAGUGGUAAGAUACUGUAGUUGUGAAUAUCACAAUUUUUGAAAUAUAAAAUUAUUGUUACAAGUAUAAAAAGUUACAGUAAACUGUCAAAGCGACAAAGAUUGUCAAAAUGGUGGUAAAUGUACAUGUCAACACAACUCUACCGUAUCCAGGAGAUGUGCAUGUAGAAAUGGCAUUUUUGGUGACAAUUGCGAAACAGGUAAUACUAAAGGGUACCAUUUCAGAAGUUGUUACCAGGGCAAAGCGCUACUUUAAGCAGGGGGAUAAGAAAAAAUACGUAAGACAUGUAUAUUGCAUAAACAACUUUACAGUGUCAACUGUGAGUAAAUACGAUGCAUGUGUAAACAAAGAUUGGUACAAUACAAGAAGCUCUUGGCGCUACAUUAGCUACGGUAUCUUCAACGAUGGGUGUUACACACAGACAGCGAUAUCUACGAACGACUUUGUAUAUACGAGAGUAGUUGACAGUAAUGUAGAGAUGAUAUUCGAUGUAGAAGAUACUGAUUCUUUGUUAGUUGGAUUACGACCGAAACACAUUAGAAAUGGGUGUCUAGGCUGGGUAGAGCAGUAUUUCGGACAAAAUGCCAUAAAUUACAGUAAGAAACUGUUAAAUUUUAAUUUCAAAAAUAGUAAAACAGUAAAUAAACAAUAGGAACGGCUCAGUAAUUUCUAGACAAGUCUAAUUUCAGCAGAACAUGGCAAAACCAGUCUAUCACUGCCAUUUUCUUGUGUAGAUGUCAUCUAUGCUACAGUAACCUCUGACAACUUUGUCUUAGUUCAAGACGGGUUUGUCUACAGUAACCACACCUUUAUACCAGACACCCAGGUAUACGGUAACACCUCUUUCGAAGCGGCUUUUGUGUGGAAGAUCGCCGGCCGACUAGUGGUUAUGAUACGACGACCGGUCGGAGGUAGGGAUCGUAUUUCAAAGAAUGUCACUUCAGAUUACCUCACGGCUUCAGAAGACGGGCUAGACCACUCGAUUGAACCAGAAAUGACAGGCUUCAUCGAGAAACAUGAUAACACUUAUCACCAUCGUAUGUUUGUGUAAAGGAUUUACUCUGACUGUUUACUCCCAUUUCAGGCGAUAACCUUGUUUUCUUCACUUUGAACGUUCAGGGAGGCUUGAGUGGUUCUGGCAGGGCCACUGUUUCAUUUGUGGUUGUUGCUACUGCCUUUUUAUCAGUAUUUGAAGUCAUUACUGUAUUCUAA